GGGGGAAAGGAAAAGAAACAACAAGAAAAAGAUUUCCAAAACAUCAGAAGUACUCUAGUUCUAUUUGUGCAGUGCAAAAAUAGAACUGGAGCUAUUUUUAUCACCCUGUUACCCGUUCACACAGAUUCGGAUUGUUUAUUAUCGGAGUGACGCACGCGCGUAAAGUUCUUCAUUCUGAAGAGUAGAUCUCGAGGUAAUAACUUACUUGGUUUUAUUUGGUUUGGGUUGUAUUGGUUUGGUGAAUGACGGGGGGGAUGGUACUAGAGGAGAGGGAGGGUCCUGGUGCCAUCUGAUCGGUGAGCUUUUGAAGAUCACAAAGCUUUAUCCAGAAGAGGAGCUGGACGAGACCCACGGGCUCCGGGAAUUGUUUUGCGUGGUUCGGAUAAAACAAACACAGAAGGAUCUUCUGGAUUUAUGGACCGAGAUGCACACAUGCUUAUCUGAUCUCACUGGAUUUAAUAGCGUAAAACACUUUGGAAUAUAACGCGGAGAGUGUCGUAGUCUACAUGCUCGUUUGGAGAACAUUCAGGUAACAUCUACAUAAGUGCAGUACAGGAGGUGUGUGACCUCUGUGCCAGCAAUGGGGUGGCGAGAACUGACGAUUGACCUGCUGCUACUGCUGCUUUUGGUGUCCCAUCUGGAGGCUGUGAGCUUUCCUGAGGACAACAUCCCUUUAGAUGUUGUGGACCGACACUAUGCACGACAGUACCCCGUGUUCCAUGGACGCCCCUCUGGCAACGAAUCUCAGCACAGACUGGACUUUCAGCUGAUGACCAAGAUUCAUGAUACGCUUUUCAUUGCGGGCAGGGACCAGGUAUAUUUAGUGAGUCUGAGAGAGUCCUACAGGAACGAGAUUAUUCCAUACAGGAAGCUGACGUGGCGGUCGGGGCAGGCGGACAGGGAGACGUGUGCCAUGAAGGGAAAGCACAGAGACGAGUGCCAUAACUUCAUUAAAGUCCUGGUUCCAAGAAACGAUGAUCUUGUGUUCAUCUGCGGAACAAAUGGUUUCAACCCCAUGUGCCGUUACUACAGGUUGGAUAACUUGGAGUUUGAUGGGGAAGAGAUCAGCGGUUUGGCCCGAUGCCCGUUUGAUGCAAAGCAGACAAACGUUGCCCUGUUUGCUGAUGGUAAACUGUACUCAGCGACAGUGGCAGACUUCCUGGCCAGCGAUGCUGUGAUUUAUCGCAGCAUGGGAGACGGUUUUGCCCUUCGCACCAUCAAGUAUGACUCCAAGUGGUUAAAAGAGCCACAUUUUCUCCACGCCGUGGACUAUGGGGAUUUUGUCUACUUCUUUUUCAGAGAAAUCGCAGCCGAGCACAACAACUUGGGAAAGGCAGUUUACUCCAGAGUGGCUCGGAUCUGUAAAAAUGACAUGGGAGGGUCUCAGCGGGUGCUGGAAAAACACUGGACAACUUUUGUUAAGGCUCGCCUGAACUGUUCCGUUCCCGGAGAAUCGUUUUUCUACUUUGACGUUCUUCAGGCUAUUACGGACAUCAUCGACAUUAAUGGGGUGCCUUCUGUGGUUGGAGUUUUCACCACCCAGUUGAACAGUAUCCCUGGCUCUGCGGUGUGUGCGUUCUCCAUGGCGGACAUUGAGAAAGCAUUCCAUGGCCGUUUCAAAGAGCAAAAGACAGCAGAUUCAGUGUGGACGCCAUUUCCAGAGGAGAAGUUGCCAAAGCCCAGACCCGGCUGCUGUGCGGGACAUGGUUCAGCAGAGUCUUACAAAACCUCCAUCGAGUUUCCAGAUGAGACCCUUCAGUUCAUCAAGUCACACCCACUCAUGGACUCCUCAGUCCCCUCAAUUGGAGACGAACCGUGGUUCACCAAAACAAGAGUCAGGUACAGGCUCACGGCACUCGCCGUUGAUAACACUGCAGGACCCCAGAAGAAUUACACAGUGGUUUUCAUUGGCUCUGAGGCAGGCAUCGUCCUAAAAGUUCUGGCUAAGACGUCCCCACUGUCUUUAAAUGACAGCAUCCUACUAGAGGAGAUUGAUGUUUUCAACCAAGCCAAGUGUUUAUCCAGCAAUGAGGACGAUCGGCGAAUUCUGUCUUUCCAUCUAGAUAAAGACACCCACACACUCUAUGUGGCCUUUUCCAGCUGUGUGGUCAGAAUACCACUCAGCCGCUGUGAACGACACAGUUCCUGCCAAAAGUCUUGUAUUGCAUCUAGAGACCCGUACUGUGGCUGGAUGACACAUGGAGCUUGUGAGCGCAUUCCUGCAGCUGUGCAAACUGGUUAUGAGCAAGAUGUUGAAUACGGAAACACAGCUCACCUCGGCGACUGUCAUGAAUUUUUGGCCACUACAUCAGCGCCAGAUUUCAAAUCAUAUGGCGACCCAACCUCUGACAUGGAGUUGCCAUCAUCGUCAGUCACAGUGCCCGUGACCUCUGAACCCAUACAAUCACCCCAAACCAUCCCCACUCAGAAACCCCAACUCUUUGGCUCACGGAAAUUUGAGUUCCACGAUGACCCAGCCACUUCACGUUCUGUUGAGCAUAUACCAGGUGUGCUGGAGGGUGUAUGGGAAAUACAAGCAGGUGAAUCUAACCAGAUGGUGCAUAUGAAUAUCCUUGUCUCCUGUGUGUUAGCUGCAUUCCUGCUCGGUGCAUUCAUCGCAGGCAUGGUGGUUUACUGCUAUAGAGAUGCUUUCCUUCGCACUCCACGCAAGAUCCAAAAAGAUGCAGAGUCAGCACAGUCGUGCACUGAUUCCACUGGCAGUUUUGCCAAGCUCAAUGGUCUGUUUGACAGUCCUGUGAAAGAGUACCAACCCAAUAUGGAUACUCCCAAACUUUACACCAACCUGUUGAGCAACGGGAGGGAGGUACCAACCACCGGAGACACUAAGGCAAUGCUCUUGAGUGGGCAACCACCAGAACUAGCAGCACUGCCUACACCAGAGUCCACACCAGUGCUGCAACAAAAGAGUCUUCAGCCAAUUAAGAACCAAUGGGAGAGAGCUCAUGGAAAGAUAAGUGGCUGCCGCAAAGAUAGGCCAACCACAAUCCAACAGUACCUUCCUUCCAGUCCCCCACCCCAUUCCACUGUCAACAACCCCCACAUCCCCAGUGCCGUGGUACUGCCCAAUGCCACACAUGAGAACAGGGAAUCCUUUAGUACUCCUGAAGGGUCUCAAGCAGAAAAGAAGAUCCAGAAUAGCGAUCAACAUGGUUCCAGAUCUGGCCGUAAAGACCAGCGGUGUAAUGUGGAUGCCAGGAACACACUGAAUGACCUCUUGAAGCACCUGAAUGAGAACCACCCCAAAGCUAUUAUGGUGGAGAUGCCCAAAUCCCGACAGCACCUAAUGCUGGAACCCAUUGUAAGCCCAACGGAGAUUCCACCCAAAGUCCCAAGCCGAGAGGCCUCCUUGUACUCUCCAUCUUCCUCUUUAACCAGGAAUAGCCCAACCAAGAGACUGGAUGUGCCAACUACACCAACGUCGCCCACAGGGCAGAUGGGCACUCUCGAGAGACAGCGGUAUCAACGCAGUUCAUCCCAGCGACACUCCAUUUCCUCACCACCCAAAGGGCUGCACUCACCUGGUGGGGCCAUAGUGUCCCGGCAACCUAGUUUGAACAGAGGUGGGUACAUGCCCCCAACUCCUACCCCACCCACUAGACUAGACUCUCACGGGGUACCAAUGGCUAUGACACCUUCCAUAUCCCGGCAGAGCAGCUACAGUGGUCAUGGGUCUUUACCACGAACAUCCAUCAAACAUACAGCAUCGUUAAAGCCAGAUGUGCCACCCAUAUCCAAUGGCUUUGCACCACAGACUGCACAAAUGAGGGCAGUGAACAAGUAUAGCUACUGAAAUGCUUAGCCGAAUCUUACUCGUGCAUCAUUGGACGGUGGGAGUAAAAGUGUUCGGUCCGCAGAGAUAUGGUGUGCCAGUCACUGUUUCCUAUGAAGGGAAAUUAAUUGGAUGCCAGAGCUUCUGUUUUGGGGUAGUUGUGCUAUUUCUCUAUGAUGUUGUCCUGUCAUGCUUGAGUGGCAGGUGACAGAUUCUGAUCUUCAAGGCGGCAGGGACGCCUGAGGUCACAGGUCUCAGCUGACGUGCAGCAUAAAGCAGCUGCGUAGUUGCUGCAGCGAUCGGGCAGCGUAAGCUCCCAAUGCACUGUUCUCCCCAUCAAUGUGAACUGUAUUUGUUAGACUGUUUGGAAAAUGAUAUUCUUGCUUGGAAAUCUCUCCAGAAGAAAGACAGAGUGAAAGGGACAUGUUGCGUGUCUCUGUUUGAUUAGUCCCUGGGGCUAACCAGUGUGCAUUCAUUGACCAUGUGUUUGUUUUCUGAACAAGCUUGAGUCAUCGCUGUCAUAAAAUAAAUUACAUUUUUGGUGCAUUAACAUCAGAUGUGUUUGGACACAGAAGUCCAGACAUUAAUUAAUCAUUUAUGCGUGCAAAAGAAAUGUCCAGGGCUCCUGCUUGGACUACUGAUUUAAAAACUCACAGUGUAAAAGUGCCCUCAACAUUUGUGCUGCUAAGUGUAGACGAUGACAAUGUUUAACAGACUACAGUGUGGCAUUCCAUGCAGCAGUUCUGUGUGUCAAGCUUUUAAACCCACAGGCUCAGCACAGGAUCACGCUGGCCAAAUGUACAAAAUUAUUUUUGGUCAUUUUUAGUUUCAGUAAAUCACUGGGAAUCCUGUAAUCCCAUAAAGUCAACUUUCAACUAUGAUAUACGGAAGAUCAUUUAUUAAGCUCUCUCCU